AUGGCUUGCAGACAAAUUCAACGCAGCUCUUCAUCACGAACGAAGAAUUUUGACGUGUUUGUUAGCUUUAGAAGUGAUACUCGUAACGGUUUUACUGAUCACCUUUUUGCUGCUCUUCAGAGAAAAGAUGUUCUGGCCUUCAGAGACGACCAAACAAUAAAAAAAGGGGAAUUCUUGGAGUCUGAGCUCUUGCGCGCAAUUGAAGGGUCACGAGUUUUCAUUGUUGUCUUCUCGAAGGACUAUGCAUCAUCCACAUGGUGCAUGAAAGAGCUUACGAAGAUCGUGGAAACAGGUCGAAGUUUGCUCCCUAUCUUCUAUGAUGUCACUCCUUCUGAGGUCCGAAAACAGAGUGGAGAGUUUGCAGAAGCUUUUGCUCAACACGAAGAAAGGUUCAAAGAUGACUUGGAAAUGCUACAAAAAUGGAGGGAAGCGCUCAAAACAAGUGCCGAUCGUUGUGGGUGGGAUAUACAAAAUAAGCAACAAAAUGAAGAAAUCGAAAACAUUGUUGAAGAGGUAAUCAACAUAUUGGGUUAUAAUCAAAUUUUGAGUUUUGGAGAUGAUUUAGUUGAUAUGCAUUCUCGCGUUAAACAAUUGGAAGAACUUCUGGAUUUGGGUGCAAAUGAUGUUGUUGGGCUUGUGGGAAUUUGGAAGAAACUUCUAGACUAUCGAGAAUUUUAUCCUGACAUUGGUAUGAAAGUUCUGAUUGAGAAAUCACUUAUUAGUUGUCGAGAUGGGGAGAUUCAAAUGCAUGACUUGUUGCAAGAGUUGGGGAAGAGUAUUGUCAGAGAAGAAGCACCCAAGGAACCAAGAAAGUGGAGCAGGUUAUGGGACUACAAGGAUCUCCAAAAAGCCAUGAAAAUAAAUACGGAAGCCAAAAAUCUUGAAGCUAUAGUUAUUGAACAACGUCCAGAAGAGUUUGUACAAGAAAGAAUAAGAGUGGAUGCUCUAUCAAAAAUUAAUCACCUUCAAUUGCUCAUUCUUAAUAAUGUGAACACUUUUGGAUCUCUGAAUUGUAUUUCUAAUGAACUGAGGUAUAUGUAUUGGGAUAACUUUCCUUUCGUGUCUUUGCCAUCAACUUUCCAGCCAGAUCAACUUGUAGAAUUGCAACUGCGUUAUAGCAAUAUCAAGAAAUUAUGGGAAGGCACAAAGAUCCUGCCUAAGUUGAGAACUCUGGAUCUCAGUCACUCCAAAAAUCUUAUUAAGAUGCCAGACUUCACAGGGGUUCCUCGUCUUUUGACUCUUCACCUUGAAGGAUGUAUAGAACUUGUCCAGAUAGAUCCAUCCAUUAGUAUUCUAAGACAACUUGUUAAUCUGAAUUUGAAAAAUUGUAAAAAUCUUGUCCUUAAUCUGAAUAUUAUUUUUGGGCUCGGUUCUCUAAGAAGCUUAAAUCUCUCUGGAUGUUCAAAAUUACUGAAUAGUAAGAUGUUAAUGGAGCCAAGAGACACACAACAUUUGGAAAAAGUUGAUAGAAAUACAAGUGUCGUGCAAUGGUCAACAUCCUCUGUAUACAAACUUCUAAUAUUGCCUUUCAAUUUUCUAUCCUCUCCAAAACCUGAAGAUUCCCUUGGUUUGUUGUUACCUUAUUUAUCUCGUUUCCAAUGUUUGUCACAUCUUGAUCUGAGCUUUUGCAAUCUACUCCAAAUCCCUGAUGCAAUCGGGAACUUACAUUCUUUAGUUGGACUAAAUUUAGGAGGAAACAAAUUUGUGACACUACCUUGUACCAUCAAGCAACUUUUCAAACUUCGAAUAUUGAACUUGGAGCACUGCAAGCAACUAAAAUAUUUGCCCGAGCUUCCAAUAACAAAAGACAAAAUAAUUGGCAAAUAUUGGUGGCGAUUAUACAUUUUUUACUGCCCCAGUUUGAGUGAUAUAGAACACUGUUAUAGAAUGGUUUUUUCUUGGAUGACGCAAAAUCUUGAGGUUUACUUGCAACGAACUAUUUCCUCUGCUAUGAUGGAAAUUGUUAUUCCUGGGACUCAAAUUCCAAAGUGGUUCAAUAAAAAAAAUGCUCGUAGUUCAAUAAGUGUGGACCUAUCUUCUGUUAUGGAUGAUCCAAAUUGGAUAGGUGUUGCCUUUUGUGUACUAUUUGUCACACACGAAGAUCCUACGAAUUUGAGUGAGGGAAAGAAUCAUUAUCAUGUUUGUAUUGCAUACGGUGUCCAUAAUAAACACCAUUGGCGAAAACCUUAUAUAUGUGUUCCAAUAUAUUUCGAGAAAGACCUGGUGACAGUUGAAUUAGAUCACUUGUUUACCGUGUUUUACUCUCGGGAAGAACUCAUCGGUCUUCUUACUCAAGAUCCUGACAAAAUGCUUGAUCCUGCUAAGUUGAAAUUCAAAAUUAUUUCUGAUAAUUGUCUAGGUUUACGUGUUGUGGUGAAGAAUUGCGGAUAUCGUUGGCUAUUCUGGGGACCAGGUGGUUAUUCUCAUCUUUUAGUUUUAGCUGAAUACGAAGAAAGGUUAAAAGAUGAUAUGGAAAUGGUACACAAAUGGAGAGAUGCAUUGAAAGCAAUUACCAAUCAUUAUGGGUGGGAUGUACAAAAUAAGCCACAACAUGAAGAAAUUGAAAAAAUGGUUGAUGAGGUAACCGAUAUAUUAGGUCAUAAAAUUUUGUGUUUUGGGGAUGAUUUAGUUGAUAUGAACUCUCGUGUGAAACAAUUGGAAGAACAUUUAGAUCUGGGUGCAAAUGAAGAUGUUCGAGUAAUAGGAAUUUGUGGGAUGGGUGGAAUAGGAAAGACCACACUUGCUACAACACUGUUUCAUAAAAUCUCUCCUCAAUAUGAUGCUUGUUGUUACAUUGAUGAUGUAAGGCAUCAUGUUGGAAAGAAGGGCAUCAUGUUGGAAAGAAGUAGGUUAUCUCACUUGAAGGCACUUAUUAUUCUUGAUAAUGUUGACCAACUUGAACAACUUGAGAAAUUGGCUUUACUACCUACACACCUAGGCAUUGAAGUACUGAAGUAUGUUGAUGGCCUUCCAUUAGCAGCCGAAGUAUUGGGCUCCUUUCUAUUUGAUAGAGAUGUUUGUGAGUGGAGAAGACUUUUGGAGUAUGGAGGAUUUUGUACUGAUGUUGAUUUAAAAGUUCUGAAUGAGAAAUCACCCAUAAGCUAUGAGGGUUCGACUAUAAAGAUGCACGACUUGUUGAAAGAGCUGGGAGAGAGCAUUUCGUUAAAUAUUAUCCAAGUGCCCAAGUUGAGCGAGAUGGAAAAGUAUUACAGCAUGAUUUUUUCUACGACGAUGCAACACCUUCAGCUAUACUUCAAAUCCUCUCAAGAAUCCUUAGUUAUGAGUAUUGUUAUUCCUGGAACUGAAAUUCCAAGGUGGUUCAUUAAGCAAAAUGUGGGUAGUUCAGUAAGACUGGAGUUGUAUCCCCUGAUGGAUGACCCAAAUUGGAUAGGUGUUGCUUGUUGUACACUAUUUGUGGCACCUGAUCAUCCAAAUAAUAAUUUCACUGAUACAUGCCGACAUGAGUGUAAUCAUAGCAUUUUCUUUGGUUUACAACAUGUAAAGAAUGGCUACUAUUUCUAG